AACCCGUUUGGGAUCUCAAUCACCAUGCUUAAUAUUAGUCUUCUACCAGAUAUAGUAAAGCACCAGAAGAAAGAGAAAAACAACAAGAGCCGAAGAAGAAAAAGCCCAAAUCUUUUCCUGUUUAGAUUAAACAAAAGAUAAGAAUUGGGAAGAUUAUUGAUUAGCGGGGUUUACCAGGAGUCGUAAUGUUUUUUCUUUGGAGGAAUUUGGUUUGGAUUUAAGUUAGAUUAAGCAAAAAGUUUAAUUGGGAAGAUCACCGAUUAGCCAGAUUUAGCAGCGGAUUAUUGAAAUGACGGAAUCGUGAUGAUUUUUUGGUUUAGCAGACAGUUUGGUGGGUAGUUUUGAUAGAUUAAGUGGGUGGUGUGAUGGAUCAAAACAACAAUAAAAAUGUAGCGGUUGGUGCCUUACAGGUCCCGGGUUCGAAUCCCGUAAACCCAGCGGCCCCCCCGUCCAGGUUGCAGGUUUAUGAGUUUAAUGAAAAGGAUGUGAAGAGCGAGAGGAAUUGUUCAGGGGCUGAAAAUGCUGUUAACCGGCAUAAGACCGUCCGCUACAGGGAGUGCCUGAAGAAUCAUGCGGCUAGCAUAGGGUCACAUGCUGUAGACGGGUGUGGGGAGUUUAUGGCGGGCGGGGGCGAAGAAGAGGCGCUGAAAUGCCAGGCGUGUGGGUGUCACAGGAACUUCCACAGGCGCGAGGUGGAUGGCGCGUGGUCGUAUGGGGGCCUGGUUAGGCCCUUCGCGGCUGCUCCUGCUAUGGAGGGUCACGUGAUGUUGGGGGAGGAGGGUCACGUGAUGUUUGGGGAUGAAGGUCACGUGACUGAGGAGGGUCACGUGAGGAUGGGCAUGGGGAUGGGGCACGUGAUUGCAGGCAUUUCGAAGAAGCGGUUUAGGACCAAGUUUAGUGGGGAGCAGAAGGAGAAGAUGUGCGCUUUUGCUGAGCGUUUGGGGUGGAGGAUUCAGAAACAGGAUGAACCUGCUGUUGCUCAGUUUUGCAGUGAGGUGGGUGUGAGAAGGAAUGUUUUGAAAGUUUGGAUGCAUAAUAACAAGAAUACAAUGGGGAAAAAUCGGAGCCAGUAAUGGAUGAACUGAGGGAUUCAUGGGUUUGGUUUUCUGUAUAUGUGUAUGACUGAGCUCUUGGUCUCUGAUAUAGGUACCCAUUAUUUUUUCAUGAUCUUGGGUUAUUUUUGACUGUCUGAUUUACCAUCAUCAGCUGACAGCACUUUGUUAAGGAGUCCAAGAUGAUACAUGGCUUCACUAUGUGCAAACACAGUAGUUAGUUCAUAUGUUUUUCUGAGACUUUGUCUUGGAAACGUCCUUCAGAUCGAGAUGUAAAAUAAAUAUAUGAUGUAAACAUAAGGUAAACGAAGGUGGAUUAUAUAUUUAGCUAAUGUUUUUUCACAUGCUCUCCUAUUAAUAAAAGCUUUUUUCUUUUAAGUGUUUUCUAAGAUAACUGCUUCCCUUCUCUCUAUUCUAAGCUGCUUGUACAUUUCAGACACUAUUGACCUACUCUUGUCAAUUGUUAAGACAUUUUUAUAUUAUAAUUCAACUUCUCCUUUCCUUUU